CGACGUCUCUGGGAACAGCUGUUUGCGUUCGGGGCGGAGGCGGCGCGCGAGCUCCUUGGCCACGAGCCAGCAAGCCUAGAAGAAGGGUGGAGGUUCUGGGUCUCAGGGAGAGAGAGACAGAGAGGAGAGAGAAAGCCGGAUGACGCGGGAACGUGAGGCCUGAGCUUCCCGUCUUUCAGCUCAAGUCCCGUCGCGCUUUCGCCCCUUCUCGGUGACCUCAACCCCUUUAUAGAGACCCCACCUCUCCGGAGCCGGGAGUACCGCCCCUGGAAGGGGAGGGGAAGGGGAGGAGAUUGCGAACGCGGAUUGGGUCGUCUGGGCACCCGUAGUUGGGAACCGUGGAACACUGGUCCCCGGGAAGGAGGGAGGCGUCCAGGCUCCGAGGCUCUGGUGGGCCUCGCUGCAGGCCAGGCCCUGACUCGCCUCGCGUGGGGAAGGCGCGCCUAAGCCGGACGCAGUGGUGACCGGCGGAGCGGCUGGCCCAGUCAUGGCAGACUACUGGAAGUCACAACCAAAGAAAUUCUGUGAUUACUGCAAGUGCUGGAUAGCGGACAAUAGGCCUAGUGUUGAAUUUCAUGAAAGAGGAAAGAAUCACAAGGAAAAUGUGGCAAAGAGAAUCAGUGAGAUUAAACAGAAAAGCCUGGAUAAGGCAAAGGAAGAAGAAAAGGCAUCAAAGGAGUUUGCUGCUAUGGAGGCAGCUGCCCUGAAAGCAUACCAAGAGGAUUUGAAAAGGCUUGGCUUGGAGUCAGAAAUUCCAGAGCCAAACAUAUCACCAGUAACCAGCACUGGCCCACCCACCUCUACAUCAAAUCGGCAGAAAGAAAAGAAGAAAAAGAAAAAAGACCCUUCAAAGGGCAGAUGGGUAGAAGGCAUAACCUCUGAGGGUUACCACUACUAUUAUGAUCUUAUCACAGGAGCAUCUCAGUGGGAGAAGCCUGAAGGAUUUCAAGGAAACUUAAAAAAGACAGCAGUGAAGACUGUUUGGGUAGAAGGUUUAAGUGAAGAUGGUUAUACCUAUUAUUAUAAUACAGAAACAGGAGAAUCCAGAUGGGAAAAACCUGAUGAUUUUAUUCCACACUCUGGCGAUCUGCUUUCUAGUAAAGUCAAUGAGAAGUCACUUGGCACCCUAGAGGAGUCCAAAUCAUCAGAUUCACAUAGUGAUUCUGAUGGGGAACAGGAAGCAGUAAAAAAGGAGGUCCCUACAGAAACGCAAAAACUGAAAAUAAAGUUUAAGGAAAAAAAUAAAAAUAGUGAUAAAAGAACUGAACCAGAAACACAGAAAGAAAAAAAUGCCCAAGGGCAGAAUUCGUCAGGUCCAAAUGAAGAAAAAUCCAAAGCUCAUAAAAAGUCAAACCCAUAUGGAGAAUGGCAAGAAAUUAAACAAGAAGUUGAGUCCCAUGAGGAGGUCGAUUUGGAACUUCCAAGCACUGAAAAUGAGUAUGUAUCAACUUCAGAAGCUGAUGUUGGUGGGGAACCCAAAGUGGUUUUUAAAGAAAAAACAGUCACUUCUCUUGGAGUUGUGGCAGACGGAGUGGCCCCGGUCUUCAAAAAGAGAAGAAUUGAAAACGGAAAAUCUAGAAAUUUAAGGCAACGAGGUGAUGAUCAAUGAUUGUAAAAAAGUCUUUUGUAUGUGCUUUUUGGAGAGAAUGGAGACUAUACAUCUUAAAAGCUCCUCUGUAUUUGUUUUUAAGUACUUAAAUGCUAAGAAUUCUAAAUAUAUUUUAUGUGAAUUUAAAAUAAAUCUUUUUUCAUGUAAAAUUGAUUUUUGUUCCUAAAAUGGAAGCCUACCACAUUGCAUUGUAAUACAGUGUAUUAUUAUGUUCAGUGUCUAAACAUUGCUAAUUAUGUCAUAAUAUAAGAUGCUAUGUAUCUGUUAUUUAAAACCUGGAAAAGUAAGGUCUUUAUUCUAUCCUUACUCAUAUGAACGUACUUGUACUGCACUGAAAAUGAAUUACUUUUGUACACUGAUGUUAAUAGUUAUCCAAGAAAGAAGAAUUAGCCCACAUAGGGGCAGACUUACAGCCCAUGAUGAUUCAUUUCUGAGGAUCCUGUCAGAAGGCUAAUGUAGAAGAUGAUGCACAUUGGCUUAACUUCACGCAGUGUGAGGUCCAGGGCCAAGAGCCGGGCCUGCAGCUCAGGUAGUGCUUAAUACGGAGCGAAAAUUGGACCAAAGGUAGAGAGCUGUACUUACCUAAUUCAUUGCAAAGCAACAGCCAUUACUUAAGCAAUUUUACUUUGAGUCAGGCAUCAUGCUAGGAACGAGGGAUGUAAAGAUGAACAAGACAUAUCCCCGUUCUUCAUGACUUCUCAUUCUGAUGGAGUCCUUUUUCCCCUAGUCAUGCACUGUGUAUAGUGGCCUUAUAUGUGCUGGAGAAUAUUUUUUAGGGUUUAUUUAAAACUGUGUAGGUGAAGGCGUGAACAAAAACAGUAAGGUCUCUGGCUUCUAACAGGUUUUAGUGUUCCCCUAGACAACUGGAAAUGUCUCAUUUCCUGGUUAAAUUAAAUAAAGUGGAAUUUUCCUAUUUAAUUCAUCUCAAGUAGGUACCUUCCCAUUAUUAUUCCAAAUUCUUAAAAUUCUAUUUUUUAUAAAUUGUACAGUAGUUAACAUUUGGUAGUAAAUACUUGUCUUUUUAAGGUUACUAGUGUACAUGUAAGAAAAUGAUAGCUUAUUAAAAACUUUAUGAAA